CGCCCGCCCCCGCGCGCCCCCCCCCGCGCGCGCGCGGCGCUGAGGCGGCCCCGGCCCGGCCGCGGAGCCCCCCCGGCCAUGGAGGGCAUGGACGUGGACCUGGACGCGGAGCUCAUGCAGAAGUUCAGCUGCCUCGGCACCACCGACAAGGACGUGCUGAUCGGCGAGUUCCAGCGCCUGCUCGGCUUCCAGCUCAGCCCCGCCGGCUGCGCCUUCUUCCUCGACAUGACCAACUGGAAUCUACAAGCUGCCAUUGGAGCCUACUAUGAUUUUGAGAGUCCAAAUAUCAAUGUCCCCUCCAUGUCGUUUGUGGAAGAUGUCACCAUAGGUGAAGGAGAGUCCAUCCCUCCUGAUACCCAGUUUACAAAAACGUGGAGGAUACAGAAUACAGGGACGGAGGCGUGGCCCCCAGGGGUUUGCCUGAAGUAUGUCGGUGGAGACCAGUUUGGCCACGUGAACAUGGUGAUGGUGAGGUCCCUGGAGCCGCAGGAGAUGGCUGAUGUCAGCGUGCAGAUGUGCAGCCCCAGCACCGCCGGAAUGUAUCAGGGACAGUGGCGGAUGUGCACUGCCACGGGGCUCUACUACGGAGAUGUCAUCUGGGUGAUCCUCAGCGUGGAAGUUGGAGGACUUCUGGGUGUCACACAGCAGCUGUCAUCCUUUGAAACAGAGUUCAACACGCAGCCGCAUCGCAAGGUAGAAGGAAACUUUAACCCAUUCGCCUCUCCACAGAAGAACAGGCAACCAGAUGAAAACAACCUAAAAGACCCUGGGGGUUCCGAGCUAGGCACAAUCAGCAAAAACACAUGGGGGCCUGCUCCUGACCAAAUCGAACAAGAUCAGAAUGGACUGUCACAAAACUCUGUAAAUCUCUCCCCCAGCAGUCACUCGAACAACUUGUCGGUAGUGACGUACAGUAAGGGUUUCCACGGUCCUUACCACUUCGGACAGUCUUAAAACACAAAAACACAAAACGGGUAUCGACAAGAGGAGAAUUUAAGAAAAAGCUGACUUUUGGGGGAAGGGAGGGGGAUUCAUGUGGCAGACAGACACAGCGUGGACCCCCCUUCUCUGCCUCCGUGUUCUGGAAAAGAAGAAAAAACAAAAGCCCAGUAACUUAAGACUAGCUGUUUCCAGAGGAAAAUCCAAAACCUGAGUAUGCAUGUGUGACUGCUGGAUUUCAGAGUGGUGUAAAUGCUAUGAGGAAGAAGAGACACCAACACUAUGGGUUUUUAGAAAUCAUCUUCACAUGUAAUUAGGUAGCUUAAAAAGAAGUUUAAAAAUGAAAAUUUAAAAGCCAUCUUUAAAAAAGAAUAUUUUGCCUACA